GUCGUUGUCACACGAAGAACACACGAAUCAAAACAUCAUCAUCAUCGUAUUUCUCAAUUCCUCGGUGUCCCAAUUCCUUGUCGAUUGUUUGGUUUUUACAUUAUAUAGAAAUAGUGCGAUGGUGUCGCCUAAGAGGCCACCGGCGGAGGAUGCCGAGCGUCCACCGACGGUGAUCAUGCACCAGCCAGCCUCCCCUCGCUUUCCUUCCGGGAGGCCGCAACGGAAGGUGGCCAUCGCCGUCGAUCUGAGCGACGAGAGCGCGUACGCCGUGAAGUGGGCGGUCCAGAACUACCUCCGACCGGGCGACGCCGUGAUCCUGCUCCACGUCCGCCCCACCUCCGUCCUCUACGGCGCCGAUUGGGGCGCCGUCGACCUCUCCGUCGUGUCGGAGGCGGCGGCGGCGGACGAGGAGUCGCAGCAGAAGCUGGAGGACGAUUUCGACAAUUUCACGACCUCCAAGGCCAAUGACGUGGCGCAGCCGUUAGUGGAGGGGAAUAUUCCAUUCAAGAUCCAUAUUGUGAAGGACCACGACAUGAAGGAGCGGCUGUGCCUGGAGGUUGAGCGGCUUGGGCUCAGCGCUGUGAUAAUGGGGAGCCGAGGCUUCGGCGCUUCCCGCCGGAGCGCCAAAGGCCGGCUUGGAACCGUCAGUGAUUACUGUGUGCAACACUGUGUUUGCCCUGUUGUUGUGGUCAGAUAUCCUGACGAGAAAGAUGGCGGUGUGGGCCCCACAAAAUCUGCCGAGGAUAGAAUUCCGGCGCUUCAUCCUGUGCCGGAGGAAGAACCCAUUUAUCACGAUGCAUCCGAUAAAGCUACAGAUAUGGAGAAUGCUUCUUGAGAAACAGAUGACAGAUCGAGACAAGAUGUUUAGAAGUCAUGAAAUGAAGCCAGUCGGGUGUGGACCUGUGCAAACGUGAGAAACAGAUAUGGUAAUCUUGAGUUUGUUUCCAGCCACCGGUUAAGUACAAACUAUAACCGGUAUGGUCUACUGAGUUUCUUCGCUUUGCUUUUGGUCUUUUUACUAAGCUGCAUUGCUUUUCAUGUACCAAAAGAUACUUCCCAAAACCUCAUUUCAAGAUCAUCCUUCCACAUUCAUCAUUUACUGAAACUUUGAAGUGUUUUUUUUUUAAUGUUGUAAUGAAUCUCUGCUUCUGCAUGCUGCUUA